AUGCCCUUUUUCACUCGUGUCUUUCGGAGUAAGGACUCCAAUGCUGCAAAGAAAUCAACCAAGAACCCCGUUGUCGAAAACACGGGUCCCGCAAAGCCCACAUGGACCGACGCGUGGCAGCGAACGGAAGUCGCUCCUGAAGAAGUUCAGGAGCUCCUUCGUGGAUGCACUCAAGAAUUGAAGGCUCGAGCUCUCCAAACACCGUUUCUACUAUUACCGUUCCGCCCGACCACCGAGUCCUCCGAUGCACGUUAUUUCAUCCGUAACUACUUUAAUAAGUCUGUCGAGAAGGGCGCGCCUUGGAGUGGAGAUGCAUUGUCGCAAGAGCUCCGACUUACGGACCCGACGGUCCUCUGCAGUGUCUUGAAAUGGUGCUGGAGCAGACUCCCCGGAGGAGUUGUCACCUGGGACGCGUAUGAACUCUUCAAAGUUGGCGAACAAGAUUCUCAACUCGCCCGCGACGCGUUCUCAACAUUCAUCCCAAUCAGUGUCGACUCGGAUGCUCGAACCAAGAUUAUUUUCGACUUUUUCGACCUGCUAGCUGCCGUUGCAGCACACGGCAAGUCCAACGGUCUCGGAGGCCGGAAGCUCUCGAGGUAUGCUGGGUGGUGGGCUUUUGAGCAUUCGGAUACGGGCAAUGGCUUUGAAGCUGCCUACAAAAACUGGGCCGCCGCUGCUGAUGCCACGAGCCAUUUGUUCUUCGCCUAUCUCCGCUCGAUAUCUCCCGACUCUCCCCGUGGUAUAAGCGGUAUCUCGACCUUGCCCAUCGCUCUCCAAUCCCUGGUCCAAGCAACGGAGUACCCCCCUGAAACGCCGACCCUUCUGCAGGUCUCGACCACAAAAGUCGUCAUGAUCGUUGAUACCGUCUCACCGACUCCGUUCGCCCUCUUGCGACGUGCGAAGAACUUCGAAUACCGGGACAGUGACCGGCAUCUGCAGGAAUUCGCCAGCUUUGAUGACCCCGUCAAGGCCCUUACCGACGAGUGUCUGCGUGUCUUGAAAUGCAUCUCGUCAACGAAUCAGUCCAGUACCUCCGACCCGACGACAUCGGUGCCAGAAGCGUCCUGGUCGCGGUUUGAGGAUCUGGGAUUUGGCGCCGCCGACUUGGACAACGAUGCGGAUGCGACUUCGUUAGCAAGGAGCGAGUUUGCGGGCGGUCUUCGGUCCGCUCCUCAUUCCGUUGCGGGGGACCUUGGUCGCCCAACGACUCCAUCUUGGGCAGAUUUCAUGUCCUCCGGCUUCAAUGACGGCAACGGCCUCAAGCCUCAAGUUGCUCCUUUGCUCCUUCCGCCCGACAAGGUCCUGCCUCCAAUUGCUACGGUGCGAGGUCAAAGCUCUCAGUCUCACAAGCGUACCCUGGACUCAGAGCUUCCGGUCGAACCCGCCGAGCUUGCCAGCAUCACCACAAUGGAUCUGGACGACUCUUUCUGGUGGGUCUGGAUCAGCAGUUUGGCAGUAGAGGAGCCUGCUUCGCGGAAGGCGGUAUUUGGUAGGUGCGCAUUGAUCGAAACGAUCAUCAAGGACACAAAGUGGUUAGUUCUUGAGGAGCAGGUUAAAGGCGCUGCGCCGGAGCCUGAACCAGGUGCGUACAUUGUCGAGAAGAAGAGGUUUUUUACCUUCUCAACUCGCAAGGGAAAGAUCGGUCGGCGCAAGUCGUCGGCCAAGAAAGUCUCUGCCGUUGAAGAGUCUUAUAAGCGCGCCAACAAUCUCGCUCCUCAUAGUAAGACUAGCAUUGCACCUGAUCAGCAUGCUCGCAUUCAGGCUGCUGCUGCGGCUUUGCAGAAGAAGCAUCGGGAACAGGAGCAGGAGGCCGUUAACAGAUCAAAAGCUAGCGUGCCGAACGACUCGCGGUAUUCGAAGGCAAACUCCAUUAUGUCUUUGCAACCGGGAAUCAUGAGUGAGGCUUCGCAAGCGAUGAAGUGGGCCAGCAAUUAUGACAAGAAUGCCUAUCGCGCCGCCUACCUCAAGGACAGCCGGGCCGGGACAGGUACGCUAGCCGAGGAAAAUGGGGCGGCCACGAACGACAACAUGCCAGAGCCGCCAGCUUCUCCGGCACUGAGCUCGUCAACCCGCCAGGCGCCACCUCCGGUGCCCAAGGACAGCGUGCCAAGCUCUCCCACACCGGUUGAGCAUCAGCAAAGGGGCAGUGUGGACGAAAAUGCCGCCAGCAGACAGGACAGUAUCAGUGCUGCUGCUGAAUCUUUGCCCAAGCAGUCAACUGACACGACAGAUGAUUCGAGAGCCAGACUGAAGAAGAAGCCCGGUAACACGGGCUUCAAGAGUAUGUUCGGAACCAAGAAGAAGGACGUGGAGUCGAAACCGCCAAUGAAACCUACUGGGGCUCAGCCGUCGGCUGUUGCUGCUGCUCGUGCGGCUUUGGAAGGCAAGGCCAAGGAAUCCCAGGAGACAGUUCGCCCCAAUGGCGCCUCGACUUUGAGGAAACCCGUUCCAGCUCCGGCGGCGGCUCCCUCCGCUGCUCCGGCCAAAGUCGCAAGCCCACCGGCAGACACCCGUCGUGAUGCUGAAUACGAUGCACUUUCCCGUGUAGACACCAAUGAGCGAACGGCGGCCGAUCGUGAGUUCUCUCGAUUUGAUCAGGGCCCUUUGGUGGAACAGCCAGCAUUCGCUCCUGAGGAUUCUCCUGUCUCUGAGACAUUCCCUGACAAGUCCGCGCCUGCUGCCGCUGUUGACAAAAUCCGCGACAGGACCGAAGUUUCCGAACGGGCAACGAGCCCUACGGCAGCCCCGGCCAAUUCAUCUUAUGACCGCUGGGCACAGAUUCGCAAAAAUGCCGCGGAAAGGGCCGCUAAGCUUGAACAGUCCGGUUCCUACCGAUAUAGCCAAGAUGACGGUAACACAAGCGAAGAAGAGAGCUUCGAGUCUCGUGCUGCUCGUAUCAAGGCGAGAGUGGCCGAAUUGACCGGAAAUAUGCAGGCCGCGAGCUAA